CGCCGCCGCCGCGGCGGCGGGGCCCCGCGGCCCGAGCCGUGUAGUCGGAGGCGCUUGUGCAUGAAGACAGAUUUGUUCUAUGGCCUCGGAGUUGGGUGCCGGGGACGAUGGCAGCAGCACUGAGCUGGCAAAGCCCCUCUAUCUUCAGUACCUGGAGAGAGCCCUCCGGUUGGAUCAUUUCCUGCGACAAACAUCCGCCAUCUUCAAUAGGAAUAUUUCUAGUGAUGACAGUGAAGAUGGGUUGGAUGACAGUAAUCCCUUAUUGCCCCAGUCUGGGGAUCCCUUAAUACAAGUAAAAGAAGAACCCCCUAAUUCACUGCUUGGUGAAACUUCUGGAGCAAGCAAUUCUGGAAUGUUAACCCCGUACUCACUUAAUGGAGUUCUGCAGUCAGAAUCAAAAUCUGACAGGGGGAAUUUAUAUAACUUUUCCAAGUUGAAGAAAAGCAGAAAGUGGCUAAAGAGCAUUCUGUUAAGUGAUGAGUCCAGUGAGGCAGAUUCUCAGAGUGAAGAAGAAGAAGAAGAUGAUGAUGAUGAUGAUGACGAUGAUGAAGAAGAAGAACUCAAUCUCAGCAGAGAAGAACUCCAUAAUAUGCUUCGACUACACAAAUAUAAGAAACUUCACCAAAAUAAGUACAGUAAAGACAAGGAGUUGCAGCAGUACCAGUACUAUAGUGCAGGCUUGCUCUCCACGUAUGACCCUUUCUAUGAACAACAGCGACACUUACUUGGACCCAAAAAGAAGAAGUUCAAAGAAGACAAGAAACUUAAAGCUAAGUUGAAAAAAGUGAAGAAAAAAAGACGAAGAGAUGAAGAGCUUUCCUCUGAAGAAUCCCCACGUCGCCACCACCAUCAGACCAAAGUCUUUGCCAAGUUUUCUCAUGACGCACCUCCACCAGGCACUAAGAAGAAACACUUAUCCAUUGAGCAGCUUAAUGCUCGUCGCAGGAAAGUAUGGCUCAGCAUUGUGAAAAAAGAACUACCAAAGGCCAACAAGCAGAAAGCUUCAGCUCGAAACCUGUUUCUCACCAAUAGCCGCAAGCUUGCCCACCAGUGCAUGAAGGAGGUGCGAAGAGCUGCCUUGCAAGCCCAGAAAAACUGUAAGGAGACUUUGCCUCGUGCGCGACGCCUGACUAAGGAGAUGCUUCUGUACUGGAAGAAAUAUGAGAAGGUGGAGAAGGAACACCGCAAGCGUGCGGAGAAAGAAGCUUUGGAGCAGCGGAAAUUGGAUGAGGAAAUGCGGGAGGCCAAGAGGCAACAGCGAAAACUCAACUUUCUAAUCACCCAAACAGAGUUGUAUGCCCAUUUCAUGAGCCGCAAACGAGAUAUGAAUUAUGAUGGAAUCCAGGAAGAAAUCCUAAGGAAACUGGAAGACAGUUCUACCCAGAGACAGAUUGACAUUGGUGGAGGAGUGGUAGUUAACAUCACACAGGAGGAUUAUGACAGCAACCACUUUAAAGCCCAGGCCCUGAAGAAUGCUGAAAAUGCUUACCAUAUUCAUCAAGCUCGGACAAGAUCAUUUGAUGAAGAUGCAAAAGAAAGUCGAGCAGCUUCCCUGAGGGCAGCAAACAAGUCUGGUUCUGGAUUUGGGGAGAGUUACAGCCUAGCAAACCCAUCUAUCCGGGCUGGUGAAGAUAUUCCACAGCCCACAAUUUUUAAUGGGAAAUUGAAAGGGUACCAGCUGAAAGGCAUGAAUUGGUUGGCCAAUCUCUAUGAACAGGGCAUUAAUGGCAUUCUUGCAGAUGAAAUGGGCCUUGGUAAAACUGUACAGAGCAUUGCCCUUCUGGCCCAUCUGGCUGAGAGAGAGAACAUUUGGGGACCUUUCUUAAUAAUUUCACCUGCUUCUACACUUAACAAUUGGCACCAGGAGUUUACUAGAUUUGUUCCUAAAUUUAAGGUGCUACCUUAUUGGGGAAAUCCUCAUGAUAGAAAAGUCAUCAGGAGGUUCUGGAGUCAGAAGACCCUCUAUACUCAGGAUGCCCCUUUUCAUGUAGUUAUCACCAGCUAUCAGCUGGUGGUGCAGGAUGUGAAGUAUUUCCAGCGGGUCAAGUGGCAGUACAUGGUACUGGAUGAGGCUCAGGCGCUGAAGAGUAGUUCCAGUGUUCGUUGGAAGAUCCUCUUACAGUUCCAGUGUCGGAAUCGGCUUUUGCUAACUGGAACCCCUAUUCAGAACACCAUGGCAGAGCUCUGGGCUCUGCUACAUUUCAUUAUGCCGACAUUAUUUGAUUCCCAUGAAGAAUUUAAUGAAUGGUUUUCCAAGGACAUUGAAAGUCAUGCUGAAAACAAAUCGGCAAUUGAUGAGAAUCAACUGUCUCGCUUGCACAUGAUCUUGAAGCCAUUUAUGCUGAGGAGAAUUAAGAAAGACGUAGAAAAUGAAUUGUCUGAUAAGAUUGAAAUUCUAAUGUACUGCCAACUGACCAGCCGACAAAAGCUAUUAUACCAGGCACUAAAGAACAAAAUUUCCAUUGAAGAUUUAUUGCAAUCUUCUAUGGGCUCUACCCAGCAAGCACAGAACACCACCAGCAGCCUCAUGAAUCUUGUCAUGCAGUUUAGGAAGGUGUGUAAUCACCCAGAGUUAUUUGAACGACAAGAAACUUGGUCUCCAUUUCAUAUUUCCCUAAAGCCAUAUGAGAUUUCAAAGUUUAUCUAUCGUCAUGGGCAGAUCAGGGUCUUCAACCAUUCAAGAGACAGGUGGUUAAGGAUUCUUCUUUCUCCAUUUGCACCAGAUUAUAUCCAACAGUCUCUCUUCCACAGAAAAGGUAUUAAUGAAGAAAGCUGUUUUUCUUUUCUUCGCUUUAUUGAUGUGUCUCCAGCAGAAAUGGCAAACCUCAUGCUUCAGGGACUUUUAGCCAGAUGGUUAGCUCUUUUCCUGUCUCUGAAAGCCUCCUACAGGCUCCAUCAGCUGCGCUCCUGGGGAGAGCCAGAAGGGGAGAGCCAGCACCGAUACCUGAGAAACAAGGAUUUCCUUCUUGGCGUUAACUUUCCACUUUCCUUUCCCAACCUUUGCAGCUGCCCUUUGUUAAAGUCUCUUGUUUUCAGUAGCCACUGCAAAGCAGUGAGUGGCUACUCAGACCAGUUCAUCCAUCAGCGGAGAUCGGCUACCUCCUCGCUUCGUUGCUGUCUGCCCACUGAGCUGCCAUCAUUUUUGUGUGUGGCCAGUCCACGUGUCACCGCAGUGCCAUUGGAUUCUUACUGCAAUGACCGAAGUGCAGAAUAUGAGAGGCGAGUUCUGAAGGAAGGCGGGAGUCUGGCAGCCAAGCAGUGUUUGUUGAAUGGGGCUCCUGAGCUGGCUGCAGACUGUCUGAAUCGAAGAUCUCAGUUCUUCCCAGAGCCUGCUGGGGGGCUGUGGAGCAUCCGGCCCCAGAACGGCUGGUCCUUCAUCAGGAUUCCAGGCAAGGAGAGCCUCAUCACUGACAGUGGAAAGCUGUAUGCCCUCGAUGUCCUGCUGACUCGGCUCAAGUCUCAAGGACAUAGGGUCCUUAUCUACUCUCAGAUGACCAGGAUGAUAGACCUACUGGAGGAAUACAUGGUUUACAGGAAGCACACCUACAUGCGACUCGAUGGCUCAUCCAAGAUCUCUGAGAGGCGAGACAUGGUUGCUGAUUUUCAGACCAGGAAUGACAUCUUUGUGUUCCUGUUAAGCACACGAGCCGGAGGACUGGGCAUCAAUCUCACGGCUGCAGAUACAGUGAUUUUCUAUGACAGCGACUGGAACCCCACUGUAGAUCAGCAGGCCAUGGACAGGGCCCAUCGCCUGGGACAGACAAAGCAAGUUACCGUGUACCGGCUCAUCUGUAAAGGCACAAUUGAGGAGCGCAUUUUACAGAGAGCCAAGGAGAAGAGUGAGAUUCAGCGGAUGGUGAUUUCCGGUGGUAAUUUCAAACCAGAUACCUUGAAACCCAAAGAGGUGGUUAGCCUUCUUCUAGAUGACGAGGAGUUAGAAAAGAAACUGAGAUUGCGACAGGAAGAGAAACGGCAACAGGAAGAAACCAAUCGAGUGAAAGAACGCAAGCGCAAACGGGAAAAAUAUGCAGAGAAGAAGAAAAAGGAAGAUGAAUUAGAUGGGAAAAGGAGAAAAGAAGGUGUAAACCUGGUGAUCCCAUUUGUUCCUUCGGCGGAUAACUCCAACCUCUCUGCUGAUGGGGAUGACUCCUUCAUAAGCGUGGACUCAGCCAUGCCCAGCCCUUUCAGUGAGAUUUCCAUCAGCAGUGAGCUGCACACAGGCUCCAUCCCCCCUGAUGAGAGCAGCAGUGACAUGCUGGUCAUUGUGGAUGACCCAGCCUCCUCAGCCCCUCAGUCCCGAGCCACCAAUUCUCCUGCUUCCAUAACAGGCUCUGUCUCAGACACUGUGAAUGGAAUUUCUAUUCAGGAAAUGCCAGCUGCAGGACGUGGUCACUCAGCUCGAAGCCGAGGCCGCCCCAAAGGUUCAGGAAGCACAGCCAAAGGAGCGGGGAAGGGCCGAAGCCGGAAGUCCACGGCGGGUAGUGCUGCUGCGAUGGCAGGAGCCAAAGCAGGGGCUGCCGCAGCCUCCGCAGCUGCCUAUGCCGCAUAUGGGUACAACGUGUCUAAAGGUGCGGAUGCCAGGGUGGCUGCCGACUGUCAGGGACAGCCCGGAGACCUCCUGAGAGUGCUGUCAGGAAUCUCUGCCAACAGUCCUCUGCAAACAUCCCUUGUCCGGCCUGCUGGCCUUGCUGACUUUGGACCUUCAAGCGCCUCAUCUCCCUUAAGUUCCCCUUUGAGCAAAGGGAAUAAUGUUCCUGGGACUCCCAAGAGCCUCCAUAUGACCAGCAGCCUAGCCUCAGACUCCCUGGUCCGGAAACCAGGCAAAGGCACCAACCCUUCUGGAGGACGGUAACCGUCUGGACCCUCCGGCUUCCUUCAGCCAAACCAUGGGCGAGAGCCCUGGCCUGCACAUGGUCUUUGGAUGGCACGUCUGGCACAGCAUCUUAAAUCCUGAGUCAGAGAGCGGACAGGACCAGUGGCAGCAAGGGUAGGCAGGUGGAUGGUACGAGAAUUCUCAUCACCUGUUUCCAAAGGGAAGUGCCCUGGGGUUCAGCCCAACAGCGUCCCAGAUGGACUCUGUGGCCAAGUCUUAGCCCUCUCGCCAGGGAGGGCUGACGUGGACCCCUUGAGAUGCUCAGGCGCGCCGUCUCACCCUGCUCCACCCUCUGCCCACGCCCCUUGUAAAGGUUGUGCAGGUGCUGUGGAGAACCCCUCGUCGUGGACGCUUCUCUUAAGGGUAAGAUUUCCUGUAGGGCUAGGAAAGGAAGAAAGGGUGUGCCUGGUGUCGGCCGUCUUUGGGCAGCUCCCCAGGUCUCCAGAUGGCAUGUGCAGCGGUGUCCUCACUGAAGGUAGAACAGUGGGUGCCAGGGAAGGUGGUGGCUUGUAGGGCUGGCAGAGGGCUGGAGAAGCGGACUCACAGGCAGGUGUUUUCCCAGCGUUUCCUCCCCUGUCCAGCAUGGUUCACACCAGGGAACCUUCAGGUCCUACCAGCAGCAGUAGCAGCAGCUCCCACCCGAGGGACUCCCAGAAGCCAGUACGAGACCAGGAGCCACCUCAAUCAGCAGGACAUUCUCACUGCCCCUCUUACAGACGCCCCUUCGCCCAUCCUGAACGCACAGUCUCCCGCCCUUGCCCUUCGGCCCCCUGCUUGGCUGUAUGCACGGUCUUUGUUGCACUGAGAAAGGAAGGGAAGGCAGGAAUGAGGUGAAGAGGGUGGCAAGAGGGCAGCCCCAGCAGCCUGAGCUGCUGCCCUCCGAGGGGGGCAGCGGGUGGCGGCGUUGAGAGGAGGCACUCCACCGGGCGUCACUAGUGGAGCAGGUGCUUCUCGGCGGGCCAGCCUCUAAUUUGCACACCUGAAAAUCGCGGAAUUGAGUUUAGAUAGAUUGAUUUUUAAAUUUUUUUGGAGUAAGGGUUAUAGGGGGAUCAUUUUAAUUUAAAUCACUAAGAUUCCCCUUCCUAAAUCCAGACUCCUAUGUACAGAUGCUAUUUAGAGGGAAUCAGAAAAAUGCCAAGCCUUUUUUCUCUUUGAAUGUGCUGUCUAUUUUUAUAACUGAACUUGUACAUAUGUAUAAAGAGAGACACAUCUUUCUUUUACUAACUGGAUAAAAAAUCUUAAAUAAAAUGGAGUGAGAUAAUUUUAUGUAAA